AUGGUUAAUGAGCACGGUACUUUGAGUUUUUAUGCCGGCAACGGCAUGCGCAACAGAGGUGAGGCCGAGUAUGUUGAAGAGUCGACGACGGGCCCAAUCAGCUUGCCGCCCAGGGUGUUCCAUGGCUACCUGUAUGUCUGCAAGGACGGCGUAGAUGAGACCAGUGAGGCGCCAGAGAUUUGGGGCCGCGUUCGUCUUGCUAAGUCCUUUGACGAUAGUAGGUGGACGAGCCCCGCUUGGAAGACUAUGCGUGUCGACGUCUCAGCCGCCGAUUUGGAGCCGUCGGACUUCGACAACACUUUCGCUGGCUGCAUACUGGCCAAGGCAGUGAUGUUCACUGGAGAGGAGAAAGACUCCGCCGAGAAGCCAACGCCAGCUCCAGUGAUUGCCACGACUCCACCGGCAGAAGCGCUACCACAGCCACCACCGCCGCAGAAGCGCUCGCGCGGGCGGAACCUUCGUUCGGCCUCGCAGCAGGCCAUCCCAGCGGAUUCCGAUGAAGGGAACGGGAACUUGGUGCCGCCAUCGCAGCCUGCACUCGACACAGUGAAGGUGCUCGUCGAGGAAGAUGCGCAGGAGUUCAUUGGGGCGUCGGGCUGGUGUGGGGCGAUGUCGCCGUCAAUUCUCAAGCACACGCCCAAGGUCGCAAUCAAAGCGAGGGAUGGGAACGCACCGAAGCCAAUGUUUUGUCACAUUGACUUGCUGGCCGCUAGAAGACUUUUGCCGUUGGGUGCAAUAAAUGACUGCAAGAUUUCAUUCCGACUCCAAGCUUGCAACACGGUUGUGGAUGUCGAUGGCAUCGAGCAGUCUCCGAACCCAGGGCUUACGUGUCGCUACGAGCUCAAGGUGGAUGACUGGACCUUGGCCGGCUUGCCAGUGCCUCCCGUUCAAAUUUUUGUCAGGAAAGUAAUAGCGUCAACGUUUGGAAAGCGUGAGGAGGUGGUGUGCUGUUUUGGGAUCAAGACGAGGAAUAUGGACCAAAUAACCAGUACGAGUAAUAAAUACACUAAUCCAAACGAAGCGCACGUAGCAACGUGGCGCUCCCUCGACGGCAGGUACAAGCAGCAGUUCAAUCCAGCAGAUAAUGGGAGCGUGUCGGAAUUUUGGAAGGGCCGCCCACGGAUGCUGGUUGCCGCGGGUUUUUCCGUCAACCCCGCAGACCCUGCAACAGUCUUGCCGGCUGACAAAGAAUAUGACGGCAUCCCAAAGAUAGCGACUCCAGAGAGCAGGCAGUACCAGGUCGAAUUGUCGUUGCUGGGCCUCCGUGACCUGAAAGACCAUGUCGGCGAACCCCUCAUGUCACCAGAUUGCUACCUCCAGAUCAAGACGUGGUCGGAGGACCCAAAGACGACAUGCAGGUUGGAGCUGCUUGAACCUGGACGACCCUCGGAGCUUCCAAACCCGACCUUCCGCACGGCGAAGGUCAGCAAGAAGUAUGGUGAGAUAGAGACGAAGGUCGCGAACAUGUACGACAGCCUGCUUGGUGCUGGCGGACACGAGUCGGCGGUCCAGUACUUCUUGGGUCAGAGGAUGAUUCUGCCCACGUACAGCUGCCCGGUCAUCCCGUACUUGCAGAUACGCGGACAGGCGGGCGCCCCAGCGAAUGGAGAUGUCGAUUGCAUUGUGUUGCUGAAUGACGUCCUCUUCCAGGUAAUGCAUCCUGAUGGUGUGAAGGCCGCGGCGUCAGUACCAUUACCGCUAUCUAGAAUGUCGGACAUGGAUCCGCCAAAGUGGAGCGAGCGCGCAGCAAACCGGUUCUCGCAGGACACAUCGUCCCUCAGAUCGACUCUAUCGAGCCGGAGCAGGAGCACGACCCCGUCUUCUCCUUCGCCGUCGACGUGUUCGCCUGCACGGACGGCUACCUGCUCUUCGAUCCAGACGUGCAGGUUGGCCGGCCCCUCGCGCGCAACACCCUGUUCCGGAUCUGGCAGGUGGAGCCUUCGGAUCAAGGAACCAUGA